AGCAGAUUUACAUUAGCUAUUCACAGUCUACAGUUGGAGCCUACAGGAACUUGUCAUUCAGGAUUGGCUUUACUGGCAAAUUCCUCAUCACCUACCUUUUUUUCUUCUGUACAGCAUCCAACAGGAGACUGCAAGUGUGACACUAAUAUGAGGAAACCUUUAUAUGCCCCAGACCCUGGAGAACAUCAGGGGCCCGUCGGUUGUUGUGUUUAGAGGACUAUGCUCUCCGCGACACUGUAAGGCAAGCGCUCGUGCUAAACCAGCCAGAGCCAGAGCAGCCUCACAGCCAGCCUGAGCCUCAGCCUCCACCGAUGCAACAGCGAUGGAACUGAUGCUCCCAGGUGCUGACAUGGGGUCCCAGAAGGACUCCUUCCCCCUGAGCAGAAGGCAUCACUACCUCCACGUCCGGAGAAAACUGAGGCCCAUAAGGAUUCUAGCUUUCGUCCUCAGCAUCGUGACCCUCAGCACGGUCUUCUCAUUGGGUGCCUUCCAGUGGACUACUUCUUCUACUGGGCGUGAUGGAAAUGGAGGGGAUCUACUUUCCUCCUCCCCCGCUGCUAUGUCCGGGGGAGACCUACUGCAGUCGGCCCCCCGCAGAACACUGCUCACCACCAAGGACCAGGGAGGCCACAACGUCUCUAUGAUGGAGGACAUGCCCGUGGCCAUGAAGUCUUCCAUGGACGAGGUGAACGCGGGGGACUACCCCACGGAUCUCUUCAACCUGGAGGAGAGAAGGCAGGGGGCCGUCUGUCUGCACAUGUUCGGGAUGUUGUACAUGUUCAUCGCCUUAGCCAUUGUGUGCGACGAGUUCUUUGUCCCGGCCCUGACUGUGAUCACGGAGAAACUACAGAUCUCGGACGACGUUGCCGGGGCAACCUUCAUGGCGGCCGGGGGUUCUGCCCCGGAACUCUUCACCUCCGUCAUCGGGGUGUUCAUCUCCCACAGCAACGUGGGCAUAGGAACCAUUGUGGGUUCGGCCGUGUUCAACAUCCUGUUUGUCAUCGGGAUGUGCGCCCUGUUCUCCAGGGAGAUUCUCCAGUUGACCUGGUGGCCCCUCUUUAGAGACGUCUCCUUCUACAUCAUUGGUCUGUUGAUGCUCAUCCUGUUCUUUUUGGAUAACCAGAUCUUUCUGUGGGAAAGUAUCGCCUUGCUGAUGUGCUACUUGAGUUAUGUGACCUUUAUGAAGUUCAAUGCAGAUGUAGAGACCUUCAUAAAGAGUCAAUUGGGCCAGAAUCAAGUGGAAGAGGUGGAGGCCGCUCCUAAGGAAAGCACGGGGGACGUCGAAAACAAGUUGACGGCCAAGCCCCGUCUCCAGAGAGGAGGAUCAUCAGCCUCCCUCCACAACACCCUGAUGAGGAAUAGCAUCUUCCAGCUCAUGAUCCACACACUGGACCCUCUCAGUGAGGGUGAGGGACUGGGGGGGCGAUUCAAAGAGAAGGCAUCCAUUCUUCACAAAAUGGCCAAACAGAAAUGUCAAGAUGGCGGGGGCGGGGAAAAACCCAACGGUGUCGCAGACAAAAGCAUCCCCAACAGUUCCAACGUGACAGUGGAAGUCACUUCGCCUGCGAACGGCGACAUAGGACCGGCUGAGGAGGAGGAAGAUGAGGACGCUCCUCUGAGUUUGGCGUGGCCGGAGACGAACCGCAAACGAAUAACGUAUCUCCUUAUCCUCCCCAUCGUCUUCCCUCUGUGGCUCUCUCUGCCGGAUGUCAGGAGAGAGACUUCCACAAAGUUCUUCCCCAUAACCUUCAUUGGUUCAAUCUGUUGGAUUGCUGCCUUCUCCUACCUCAUGGUAUGGUGGGCUCAUCAGGUUGGAGAGACCUUCUGGAUUACAGAGGAGAUCAUGGGAUUGACCAUAUUAGCAGCUGGUACCUCAAUCCCUGAUCUAAUCACCAGUGUCAUUGUAGCCCGGAAAGGCCUUGGUGACAUGGCUGUGUCCAGCUCUGUGGGCUCCAACAUAUUUGACAUCACCGUGGGCCUGCCGUUCCCUUGGCUCAUCUACGGCCUAAUCAAUGACUUCAAGGCGGUGCAGGUGAGCAGCAACGGCCUGUUCUGCGCCAUCGUGCUCCUCUUCCUCAUGUUGCUCUUCGUCAUCAUCUCCAUCGCCUCCUGCAAGUGGAAGAUGAGCAAGGUGCUGGGAGGCCUCAUGUUUUUACUGUACAUCUUCUUCCUGGUAACCAGCGUCUUGCUGGAAGACAAGAUCAUCGUGUGUCCCAUCUCCAUCUGAAAGGCCCCUCUUCAACCCCGAACCCCAUGGAAACACAAACGCACACAAAAGGCACACACAAUCAUAUAAUCCUCCGGUUGUCAAUGGGGGCUUCCGUUGUGAGGAGCAGUAGAAAAAAACGAGCCUGGCGUGAUUGAUUGAUUUCAAAUGUCUGAGCACAACCUGCAGUUGAUCAUUCGCAAACUUAUUGAGCAGGGCAGACGGACCUGACGAUGAGCGAUUGAUUUCACGAUGCUACUUCCCAAUGGGGUGGGUCUUUCUCCACGUCACAUGACCACAUCGAGAGCUUCGGUUGGUUUGAAUCCGUCGUUGGCUGACAAACAGGCAAUUGUAAUCACGCCUAUGAUGGAGAGUAGGGGACCACGUCUGGUUACUCCAAUCCAGAGGACUAUGUGAUAUGAUUAGAGAAUAUAUUUGAAUUAGUCAGGUAUCAACUGUCCAACUGUCAGUCGGGCUCAAAAACCUUGAUGACUGUAUGAAGUGGAACUCUGGAAAAGGUCCAGCAUUGUCCGAACCAGAAAGUGGAACCUGCCAGAGAAGUGUGGGAAGGUUGCACGGAUCAAGCGGAAGUGUUUUUCUUGAUUUUUGUAAAUUAGUUUUCAGAUGUAUUUAUAUUACAAAUGAUUCAUUGCAAAACCCAAAAUGUUUUUGUUCUCAAACCAAAAUCUAAAACUUGUACAGUUCUGAUUUUGGUUUAUAACUGGUACAUGGUUGUAUGAACUUGCAAAGUUUGGAAAGGUAAAAGUGUAUAUGAAGAGAAAAUGAUAUUAAUAUGAAGACGGUUGUUUUGUUUGGGACAAUUUUGUUAAGUAAAUAUAAUAUAGUAUUUCUAAUGUUAAUUUAUCUUCUGUUUCGUAACCCCAACCCAUAUUUUCCAAAUUGUUUGACACUUAAUAUUAAGGUGAAUCCAGCAAAUCUACUGUACCUAAUGCUACAACAUUUUUAUGUUUGAAAAAGUAACUAUACAAUUAUUUCGGUUAAAGUACUUCCACUUAUUCUACAUGAAAAUCAGUUGUGGAACAUGACAAAUGUGAAUAGCUAAAAUGGUCGCCAGGUGUGAGAUUCAGAACACCGUAUGAUGUCGGCACACACUAUAUUAAAUCCCUUUCGGUGUACAACAACCCCUUUCAAUCAAAUGUAUUUAUAAAGCCCUUUUUACAUCAGCAGAUGUCACAAAGUACUAUACAGAAACCCAGACUUAAACCCCAAACAGUGCAGAUGUAGAAGCAGAUGUGAAGUGUAAAAACAUCUAAAGUGGGGGUUGGGAACUCUGUACAAAUGAUCAUUUUUCCAUGUUUGAUACCGUUUGUAUGCUUCAGAAUUAUAUAGGCAACAUCUAAAUAUAUACAUUUUUAUACGUUAUUUGUUUGCCUGUUUUCUCGGUAUAAUACAGCAAACAGUAACGCGUAUAUCUGAAUAACAUCCAGGUUCUUUUUCUUCACUCGUGAUCAACUGAACAGAAUAGGGGUUGAAGAUUUUAUAUCGACCAAAGCAAAAUAGCAUGUGAAUGAUAUUAUCCGGAUAAUCAAUAGUUAUUCUCUGUAACAAAAUCUAGAUGUUUCUUCUCCACUAUAAGAUCGAUCAUAAAAAAAAUGUCAAACUAUUUAGUUGCUGCAGAAUUGUUACUUUACCAUUGCAGUACGGUGCUUACACUGGCAAUGGCAAAACAUAUCACUGGGAUAUACUAUAUGUGAUGUUUCAACAAUAAUAAUUGAACCAUCCCACACUGAAUAGGCUAAAUAAAUAGGCUGCUAUAUUCACAACUAAAAUAGUGGAUUAUCUUUGUUAAAAGAUUUUCUCUUUUACUGUAUCCCCCUUCACUUUUUUUGGUUAAUUUCUCAAAGCCAAUUUCCUCAUUGUCAAUUUGUUUUCUCUCAUGUAUGCAAUUUGUAUGCAUACAAACAGUUUGUGAGCUGUAAUGUCAACUCACAAUAUGAUCAUUCCAUCUUAUAGUCCGACCAAUAUUGCUUCCACUACUUUAGGGAUCAACGUGGAUAUCUACAGAACACUGUCAGAUGGGCAGAUAACAUCUCAACUUUAGACAGCCACAUUAAAGUGAAGCACUUUCAUAUCUAGACUGUGCAAUUUGUUGAUAUUCUUUUUCAAUGGAUCUUAUGCGUGUGUAACAUUUUAAUGUAUGGAUGAGCAGGAAAGAAACUGUCAACAUGCAGAACUAUAUGGAUGGCGUGGAAGUCUAUCACAAUACAGAACAAACAAUGAAUGGCCAUGCUUUUAUAUUUCUGUUACAAACCAUAUAUUUAAGUAUGAAUCAUGUAUAUGAAUCAUAAUCAUGUGUACUUGAAUCAUGUAUAAUAUUGUCAAAAUCAUAUCAAGUCAUUCGGUAUAAAAUGUCAUAUGAUAAUAAAUGAAACUUUGUUUGAAA